AAGAAUUUUCAUACUAAAAAAUUCUCUAUCGAAUUAUUCUUUGAUUCUUCUGAGUUGAACCGCAUAGAUUUCAACACCCUUUUGCCGGCUCUUACUCUGUCAACUGUUUGAUUCAAUUCAUGUACAGUGUCCAUACAUAGAGAUGAAGAGAUUCUUUUUUUUCCGGACAUCAUCUAAUGAUGCAAACAACCCCUCACCACCAUCGAAGGAGAAGUCAUCUAACAGUAUUGACAAAUCACAAAGCAGAAAGGAAGUUUCUUCUCCAAGUCUUAGAAGGAGUCUUUCAUUGUCCUCUGGAUCCUUUUACGACAGUGGGUCAGGAAAAAAGAAUUUCAGGGAUCCGAGCAGAUCUCCAUGUCACAAUAAGAAAGUUCAUCCUAAGAAAUCUGGUCGUGAUUCAUGCCGUGGUCGUGCACGUACUCCUGAGAGACAACCCCCAGAGAAUUUCUUUCAGAGACAUGAUACAGAAAAUGGCUAUUUGUUUAGGAAGCACAGUUCUGGUGCGUCUUUCAGUACACACCACUAUGAUCCAUCAGAGAGCUCUUCUCAUUGCUCCAGUAAUGUCUCUAGUAAAGUUUUAGAUCGGUAUAUAGAUGGGGAGCAAGAGCAGGAAAAGAGGGGCUCAGCUAACCUCUUUCCUACGGAAGAUGAUCUUGAGAUUGGGUAUGCCUGCAAACAGCUGCCUCCAAGAGUUCACCUUACAGCUCCUGGUUCACCACUAGCUGAUGUCAGGAAGCAGAGACCAAUGUCUCAAUCUUUCAGAGAAACAAAACCAUCUAAACUUUGUUUUACAUCUGGAGAGUUGGGUGAUACAGGUUUUGAGCAUGAAUCUCCGCGAAAACUUGCAAAGAAGGUGGUUGAGAGGCUCUCUCAGUCUCGGUCAAUGGCGAAAAUAAGUUCAGAAGAUUUUGAUUCCGAUGGUCCAAUUACUAUUGAAGAUAUCUACAGUGGAAAUCUAAGUAGAUGUCCAAGUGUAUGUUCUGAUGGUGUUCCCCAGAAGAGCUGUUCAGCAGAUGAUCCUAAUGGUAGGACCUACGAAUAUCACCAUGAAGAGAUUCCAGGCCUUGAUGAGAAAAACUAUUUGGGAAUGGAAGACGAUUCAGAUUUGGUAUUAUUAAGAAAACUUAAGGAAGCUGAGGAGCGUGCUGUGUUGCUCUCAGAAGAGCUUGAAGAGGGGAAAUUUCUUCAUGGCAGAGGCCUUAGUGUUCCAAUGUUGAUUCAGACUAUUAGAAGCUUGACAGAGGAGAAGGUACAAAUGGCUUUUGAAGUUUCAAGCAUGCUACAGGAUCAAGUUGCUGAAAGGGCUUCUGCUAAGGAAGAAGCCAGACUAUUACAGGAAGAAUUAGACUCACGGACACGAAGAUUGGAGACGGAGAAGAAUGAAUUACAAUCAGCACUGGAAAAGGAGUUGGAUAGAAGAUCCAGCGAGUGGUCUCUAAAACUUGAGAAAUACCAAAUUGAAGAACAUAGACUCCGUGAAAGGGUGAGAGAGCUGGCAGAGCAGAACGUCUCUCUACAAAGGGAAGUCUCUUCAUUUAAUGAGAAGGAAGUGGAUAAUAGAAGCAAGAUAUCAUUUUCAGAGAAACAACUUGAAGAUUUGUCUAAGAGAAUUGAAGAAGUGUCAGAGGAGAAUCAAAAUCUAAGGCAGCAACUUUCUCAGUUACAAGAGGAAUAUCGAGUAGCUCAAGACGACCGAGAGUAUGUCCGGGAAAACUACCAGGAAAAGGUUAAAGAAUGCGAGGACCUGCACAGAUCUAUUGCUAGAUUGCAACGGACUUGCAAUGAACAAGAGAAGACAAUUGAUGGUCUGCGAGGAUUUUGUGAGGAUGUUGGCAAGAAGACUCCAGCAAACUACGACAACCAGUUGGAGAAGUUGCAAGUAGAGCAAAUAAGAUUGGUAGGUGUGGAACGUGCUCUAAGGAAGGAGGUGGAGUCUUUUCGGAUCCAAAUUGAUUCUCUACGCCAUGAAAACAUUAGCUUGUUGAAUCGUUUAAGAGGCAAUGGAAAGGAGGGUGGGUUCUCAACUUUUAAGCUAGAUCAGGAAUUAUGCAAUCGUGUUUGCUGCUUGCAAAAUCAGGGGCUUAAUUUACUUAAGGAGAGCAGCCAGCUUUGUGGAAAGCUAUUAGAGUACACAAAAGAAAAUGUCAGACAAAAUGGGGGAAUUGAUGGUCAAUUCUUAAUUGAAUGCAAUGUAAAGAUCCAGGGUCUUAAAAGGGGAAUUGAAACUCUGACAAGCAGCUUGCAGACGGUGUCAUCUGUGAUAAAUGAGAAGUCCUAUCCAGUAAAUUCAGAUUCUCAGCCAUCUAGCAGGGGUGAUGCAUUUCACCAGCAAAACAGUCAGAAACCAGAUGAAAUCAAGCAAUCAGAGCUCAAAUCGGAGACUUUGCUGACAGCUGUGUUAAGGGAGAAGCUUUAUUCCAAGGAGAUGGAUAUAGAGCAACUUCUGGCUGAUCUGGCAGCAGCAGUUAGAGGUAACGAUAUCCUCAAAUGUGAAGUCCAAAAUGUGCUGGACACUCUUUCUUGUGCCAAACACAAGUUGAAAGAUCUCGAGCUUCAGAUGAUAAAGAAGGACGAAAAUAUCAACCAGCUCCAGAAUGAUUUGCAAGAAUGCAUGAAGGAACUUAGCCUCAUGAAGGGGAUACUACCAAAAGUAUCUCAGGAAAGAGAUUUCAUGUGGGAGGAAGUUAAGAACUACAGUGAGAAGAACAUGUUGUUGAACUCUGAGGUCAACGCAUUGAAAAAGAAGGUAGAGACACUCGAUGAAGACAUACUUAUGAAGGAAGGUCAAAUCACAAUCUUGAAGGACAGCAUAGGCAAGCCUUUCGAUCUUCUUGCAAGUCCUGAUUCUACUAGAGAAUUUCUGCUGGAGUGAUCCAUCGCCUAGUUAAAGCAUUUUGUUCAUUUGACUAGUGUUCAUACUUACUUGUAUACUUGCUGGUUUUACUCUUUCUCCUUUGCCUUUUACUUUGAUACCUGUUACAUAGAAAGUUUGCUUCUUUCCCCCCCUUUUGAAUCUCCAAUUCAAUUGUAAACACUUCUUUUACUUGUGAAUUGUGAUCAAGCCAAUGAAUUUCCCUUGCUUCCUUCA